UUGUGUAAACAACACACAUUUUGACACAUACACACUGACAGUGAAGCGGGUAGCGAGUGUCGCCGCCAUUUCGCCUCUCACACACUCAAUCAGCUGAUGGAAGCUCAUGAUGUCAGAACAACUAUUUUAACAAGUUUUGUGUAUAUCGAUUGCAAGAAUCAAGCUGUAGACCAUUUCAUUUUUAUUUAAAAGAAAAAACGCAUUUUUUUCGGGAUAAAUGAUCAGUUUUUCGCAUUAAAUCAGUGAAUAAAUGACAGCGGACAAUAAAAACUAAUUGAAAAUACGUGAGAAGACAUAAACAUUUCGGUUUUCCGUGUCUUUUGACGCGGUAACUAUGGAUAAUGUGGACGAAAAUACUUGUGACAGCUUGGAUGAUAUAAAUUUUGAUUCCAAUACACAGAGUAGCGAUAUUUAUACGUUGAGCACAAACAGCGGUUCGGAAAAUUCAAAGGCCAGCUCGAGCGAUACGUCGCCAGCACUGCGAAAUUCAGGAAAUCAAUCCAGAUUAUCGGCUUCAUCACGACCAACAUCUGAACGGAGUUCGAACGCAAAUCCAAAAUGCGUUUCCGAAGGAAGCGUAUCACCGUUGGGUCACAGCUCGUACAGUGGUACCACUGCGGCCGAUGUUUGUGCAGACAAUCAAACCGUCAUUAGUUUAGAUCUAGAUGCAAUCAAAUCAUCAAAUUCAUCGAAUCGUCAAGCACUUUUGCCAUGGGGUACACAGAGUAGAUCAUGUAUAGCGGCCACAGCGGGCAUCAUUGAUAUGCAACAAACCAGCGACAGUUCAUUGCGACCCGGUGAAAUUGUGAUGCGAACACUGUUUGCCGAAUUCACGCAACAAGCCGAAAAGAAAAUUGAAUUGGUUAUGCUGGAAACGUCCGACAAAAAUCUUGCCAAACUAUUACAACGCGGCGAAGACGCACAGUUUGAUCAAUUGCUUUCGGCCUUUGGUUCGGUGGCCGAACACUGUUUACCAUCCCUGUUGGUCACACUGUUGGCAUGGCACAAGCGACAACUAUCCGAUGCCGAAAUAAAAAGUGAUUUAAAGCGAAUGGAAAAAAUUGCCAACAAACCAAAUGUUGACAUUGAUCUACAGUUGCAGCGUCGCGAAACCGCGGUCGAAUUCAUUUUUUGUUUGGUAUUAAUUGAAAUUCUACGCCAACUACCGUUUCAUCCAGGCCACGAGGACAUUGUAAAAAGUUUUGAAAAUCUCGCAUUUAAACAUUUCAAAUAUCGUGAUGGAUUACAGAAUAAUCCGAAUGCACAUAACAUUCACAUGAUUGCUGAUCUCAAUGCAGAGGUGAUUGCUGUGUUGGCACAAAGUCGCUUCAGUUCGGUGCGAAAGCGUUUUAUGGCCGAAUUGAAAGAGUUGCGUACCAAAGAGCCAAGCCCACACACCACACAGAGCAUCAUCAGUUUGCUUAUGGGAAUGAAAUUUUUUCGCGUAAAAAUGGUGCCAAUCGAAGAGUUCGAAGCAUCAUUUCAGUUUAUGCACGAGUGUGCCCAAUAUUUUCUCGAGGUGAAAGACAAAGAUAUCAAGCAUGCAUUGGCCGGAUUGUUUGUUGAAAUUCUAGUGCCCGUGGCGGCGGCUGUUAAAAACGAAGUGAAUGUUCCGUGCGUUAAGAAUUUUGUCGAUUUACUGUAUUCACAAACACUGGACGCUUGCACCAAAUCCAAACACAAAUUGGCCUUAUUCCCACUGGUCACGUGUCUCCUGUGUGUUUCGCAGAAAACGUUCUUCUUGAGUAACUGGCAUUGCUUCCUUGCCAUGUGUCUGAGCAAUUUGAAAAAUCGAGAUCCAAAAAUGAGUCGAGUGGCACUGGAAUCGCUGUAUCGUCUUCUGUGGGUGUACAUGAUUCGCAUCAAGUGCGAAUCGAAUUCGGCCACUCAUUCGCGUCUACAGAGCAUUGUCAAUUCGCUAUUCCCAAGGGGUUCGAAAUCAGUUGUACCGCGUGAUACACCGCUCAAUAUAUUUGUGAAAAUUAUCCAGUUCAUCGCACAGGAGCGGCUUGAUUUUGCAAUGAAAGAAAUCGUUUUUGAACUAUUAUGGGUUGGACGACCAAUUAAGAUAAUUAUGACACCGGAGCGUAUGAGCAUUGGAUUGCGAGCAUUUUUGGUGGUUGCCGAUUCGUUGCAACAAAAGGACGGUGAACCGCCAAUGCCGCGAACGGUGGGCGUUUUGCCAUCGGGCAAUACGUUACGCGUCAAAAAGACAUAUAUCAAUAAAAUGUUAACCGAUGACACGGCCAGAAGUAUUGGAAUGUCAAGCUAUUUCCCUCAUGUUCGUCGCGUUUUUGUCGAGAUUCUACGAGCAUUGGAUGUGCACUACGGUCGUCCGCUGAUGAUGACAAACACACAGAAUUUGAACAAAGAGCCCGACGAAAUGUUGACCGGCGAACGUAAGCCACGAAUUGAUUUGUUCCGGACAUGUGUGGCAGCCGUGCCUCGUCUGAUCCCCGACACAAUGACAAUGCACGAACUGGUCGAUAUGUUGGCUCGUUUAACCGUGCACAUGGAUGAAGAGCUUCGCACAUUGGCCCAUCAAUCGUUGCAAACACUGCUCGUUGACUUCCCCGACUGGCGACAAGACGUCAUUCAGGGCUAUACGCAAUUUAUUAUUCGUGAUGUUUUGGACACGUUCCCACAUUUGGUGGACAAAUGCACAAUGCUGUUGCUAGUUUUUAUCAACGUAUGGCGUAGUGCAUUGGGCAACUAUAGUACGGGCUCAUUGUUAAAAUCAACCACAACAGCAACGGUUAGCACGACCACGGCCACCGUAUCGCAAGCCCCAUCGUCAUCGGUACAACCGACAUCAACGAUUAAUUCCAAUUCCAGCGGAGCGUCCAGUUUGAAUUCAAGCGGUGUGUCAAGCAUUACACAGACAACUGCAAUCAAUGCAUCCGAAUUAUCAUCGAAGAAGAACGAUCAACUGCCACUAACCACCACCAUGCACUAUGUGGAAGGAUUUGCGCUGGUGAUGCUGUGCAACUGUCGAUCGUAUCUACGAAAAUUAGCUGUGAAUAUUUUAAAAGACGUAAAAAAUCUCUAUCGUGCCUUGGGACUUCCGGAAACCGAGCAAUUUCUCAUCGAUGUUAUUGAUAAAUGUUGUCCAGCGGUACUCGACAAAUGUUUGCCCAUUUUACCGCAAGUUGAUCGAAUGGCAAUGCUAAAUGCAAACGUUAUCGAUUUGCAGUGGAUAGCGGAACGCACGGGCGGCCAUUGGAUUUCGGGACAUGUUGAAGGUGGCAUUGAUUCAACGAAAUCGUCAACAAGCACAUUGAAUCUAAAUCAAACAUCGUCCACAUCUGCUGGAGACCCGUGGGCUAUUUGUUUGUUUGGUUUUAUGGAACGUGAGCGUGUGCUGCAACAGUGUCCAGCCGUUGUCGCUCAAGCAUGGCCGAUAUGCUAUCAACGUGUUACCACUUUGUUCAACGUCAUUGAUCCCACGCCGGUUAGUGAUAAUCGAGCUUCGUUGCUACGAAGUUCAGCACCGCCAAAAAAGACACCAUCCGAGAGCCAACGCGACUCGUUGUCUCGCCUCUGGAAAUAUCAAGUAAUAAUGGCGAUGCGGCUCGUGCCACCGAUUCCAAGUAUAGCGGUUCGCUGUGCAUCUCCUGAUCUUAGUUUAAGUAUGCAUGAACAAUCGGAUUCUCGUUCGCUUUCCGAUUCCUUGGAUAACAUACCAUCGAAUGUUUUUGGACCGGAAGGGCUUGUGACGAGAUUCACAUUACCGCUUUCUUACGGCCGUAAAGAAGCUAGACAAAAACGCGUUGGCUCAUCGCCAGACUCGUUAAAUGCAGAUCGAAGUGAUAAAUCAAAUGCAAUUUCACCAUCACCUGUUGCACUUUACAAAUUAGUCGUACCACUAUUGCGAUGUGAAGUGGUCGAUGUUCGUGAUGCAGCUGUUAAUGCGCUGGGAAUGAUAAACCAUGAUGCUUUGAAAGAUUUAAUGGACGAGCUGGUGCUUUACAUUCGAGAGGCAGUCGAUCGAAAGCAAGAAAAUAUGCGUCGAAGACGUCGUCGUGAUGCAUUACGUUUGCAAUUAGUCAAAGUAUUGGAGAAAAUUGCUGAAAAUCGAACAUUCGCCGUCAGUCCAUGUGUCAUUGAGCGUGACACAAUGUCGUUGCAUCCAACAUUUGUCGAAUAUAUGGACGGCGCUCGGCUCUAUCUCGAAAUGGAAACGGACAAGGAUAACAUCAGUAUACGCGAAGUGAAAAUUCAUUUUUGUGAUUUUAUCCGAAAAAUGAUAAAGAACUUUUCAUUGGAGAGUCGUGCAACAUUGUUGUCAAAUGAUUUGAAGCGGCAUUUAUUUAAUUUGUUUGCAUCAUGGAGUGGACCAACGGCAAAACCACUCGGUUUUUCACAUGCUGGCUUCAGUGGAGCGAACAGUAAUGGUGGAGCGAGCACAGCAGGUGCCAAUAGCAGUAAUAACAGUGUCGGCAUUAGCGGUACGAUUGCAAGUGGGACGAGCAUAAGCUUAGGAAGCAUUUCCGUUGAAGAGGAAAAAUUGCAAUUUAGUGCGCUACAAGCGAUGAGUGCACUAUUGUGUUGCGGCCCAUGUUUUGAUCCACAAUAUUUAACUGAAGAAGGUCUCAUUUAUCCUUGGCUCGAUUCCCUGUUGAUCUCCAUGGACGAAAAGGUUUAUGAUUUGGCCCGAGACAUUGUCGUUUUAUUACUCGAAUCGAAUCCAGAUAGUGGCCAUUUAUUGGAAUGGGUUAUUGAUCGAUGCUACACAGCACAACCACGCGAAGCCGACAUCUGCUUUCUAUCACUAGCAACAGUAUUUAGUGCAAGGGAAUAUCCAUGUGAUCACUACACAUCUGUGAUAAAUGUUACGGUACUGAUGACCGGAUGUCCACGUGUCGAUGUUCAUACAAUAGCUGUACAGUUGCUGCAAGUGUUGGACAAACGAUUUUUCGGUAAUGUGGGACCCCUCCAAACUGAAGGCGAAAAAGAUGACGAUAAAGUUGGAACACUUGAUGCGAUUCUCAGCACAGCCUAUUGCCGAACGCAAAUGUAUUUAUCGAAGCAAAUGGCUCAACUGCGACCGGAAAUCACGAUGCCAAUGUUCUCAGAAAUUACUCAUCGCUUUCAAACAGCGCGCCCAGAAAUUCGGUCACUUUUAUUGCAAUGCCUAUUGCCAUGGCUCGAAAAUAUGGAACUGGUGGCUGCAAACGUAACACCAGCCACACCCCUAUCAUACAUCAUGUUCUACCCGGACUCGAGCGCUCGCUCAAAACGAGAUGGCUCUGGAUCGACCGAAGCCACUGAAAUGAUACUAAAUAAUUUGUUCUACAUCACGACAAAGUAUUCGGACUCUCAUACACGAGAAAUCGAAGAGAUAUGGGGCAGCCUCUGCCAGUUCUGGCCGAAUAAUUUGAAAGUUAUUUUACGCUACCUGGUGAUAAUAUCGGGAAUGGCACCAAAUGAACUCUUGUUAUUCGCAAAGCGUGUUGCUUUAUAUCUAGCACGGGCAUGUCCAAAUCGAUUGUUGGAUGAGCUUAUGACGGAACUGCAAACCGUUGAAACACUCAAUUGCUUAAUUGAACGGACAGAAACGCCACCUUUCUAUCGAUUGACCAGCAUGCGAAAGGCAUCAAGCCAUUCAGAUGGACCAGCAACCGGUGCGAAUGAUUCUCGUAUGCCCGAUUUGGCUGUAGAAAAAGGAACGAUUCACACGAAGCGACACAGCGGAGAGGAUCCAAUCAAAACAGGAACAUGCAAAUCGGAUAGUGGUUUGCGUGCAUUUUCAACCAAUUAUCGACCACCGCGUGGCAGUGACAAGAUUCGCGCCCUGUCUGGCCCAUCGAUACUACCCAGACCCGAAGACAUGAUUAGCAAUGAGCCAGAACUUCGUGCCGAAGAAUCGUUUGAUUUACGUAGCACCGAUCCACCAACCGUACUUCAUCCACUUCCGAUGCCCGAAUAUGGCGGCUAUUUUGCUCAACUCACCGAAUUUCUGCCCGAUAUUAGCUUGCCUAUAAGUGGUUUUCAUCGAUGCAAUGUGGCUGUCAUGCUCUUGACUGACAUUGUCAUCGACGGCAUACCCGAAAUCGAUUGGACACUUCACAUACCGAUCAUGUUGCAUAUUCUGUUCUUGGGUUUGGAUCACACACGUCCAAUCGUUCGAGAUCAUUGCAAGCAGCUACUUUUGAACUUGUUGGUUGUGCUGGCCGAGCACAAUGAUCAUUUGACCGUUGCAAAGAUCCUUUUGAAUGCACAAACAUCCAAAAUGGGCCUUGGUCUAUCCAUUCCAACACUCCCAGUGACGCAACAUAAUUUUACUGGUAUGUCAUUUGUCAAGCUUCCGUUGAAACGCUUACCGUUUCACAUUUUUCUUCGUCAUAUUUCAGAACCAGAUUCAGAGUACGAUGCCUAUUUGUACAAUACAAAUUUGAAUGCAGUAGCACAUUCAACGUCAUAUUCAGUGACACCAACUUCCACGGUAACAACGAUCGUUCAACCAACGGCCAAUGCAAAUGCAACGCCAAGCGUUGGCAUAACUACAACGGAUUCCAAUGCAGAAGCCACAAAUGUCCACACGACACCCGAAGAAACGACCACCAGCACGACAAUGCAAACAACGCAGGUGAUAAAAGAUCUCAUCGGAUUUAUGUCACAAGAGAGCUCGCAACCGCUGUGGAACUAUGAAGAUAUUACUGCCAAAGUGUGGUCGGUGAAAUCGGCCGAACAAUUGACAUGCUUCUUGCAUCACAUCGUUAAGGUUUACUCCGACAGUUAUCCACAUGCACGAAUUUCAGAACGCUGGGCUCAAACAGCACUUCAGCUUGGAUUGAGCUGCUCAUCGCGUCACUAUGCCGGUCGCAGUUUGCAAGUGUUCCGUGCACUGAAUGUACCAAUCAAUUCACGUAUGUUAUCCGACAUUUUGUCACGAUUGGUUGAAACGGUGGCCGAACAAGGUGAAGAUAUGCAGGGCUAUGUCACGGAAUUGCUUCUAACACUCGAAGCAGCCGUCGAUAGUUUGGAUUCGGAUUUCCGUCCGUUGGACGUUAUGAAAGACAUUUUCAAGAGCACGCCAAAUUUGAACAACAAAGAUGGCGUGAAUGUAUCGGCCGGUGGCAAAAAAUCACCAUCCGGCAUCAUACAACAAACACAAAACCACAUUACCUCAUCCGGACACGCGAGAAGCACCAGCUACUCGGUUUCAUACUGUACUCGCAAAGUAUCCAGUUCACCGUGUGACAAACAAGUUGAGCUAAGAAAUCGUGCGGCCGCUAUAGAGCUAGAGCGAAAUUCAACCGCAAAAUUCGGCCCGUCAUUAUCUCGGUCACGUAGUGCGCAAAGCUUGAAAUUGCUUGGCGACACAGCAACACAAGAUGAUAAAAUGACAAUAUUGGCGCAACUGUUCUGGUUGGCCGUGUCGUUGUUGGAAAGCGAUUAUGAGCAUGAAUUUUUAUUGGCAUUACGUUUGUUGGCCAGAGUGCUGCAUCGUCUGCCUUUGGAUCGGCCAGACGCUCGAGACAAAGUCGAAAAAUUACAACAGCAAUUGAAAUGGACCGGAUAUCCCGGUGUUCAUGCACUUUUAUUGAAAGGUUGCACACACUCCGUUACAUAUGAACAGACAAUUGCGCUGUUGUCACAAAUGGCACCGUUGCUAUGUCUGCCGGUGUGUGAUCCAACGCAAAGCUGUGCAUUCCCAAUGAAUGUUAUCGCUCUCUUACCGUACAUGCUGCUACACUACGAAGAUGCCAACGAAGUGUGCGUUCGCAGUGCCGAAAAUAUUGCACAGGUUUCAUCCGAGCUCGGUGCGAAAUUGGAAAAUUUAGGCACGGUUAUGACAUUGUACAGCCGAAAAACAUUCAGCAAAGAAUCAUUCCAAUGGACAAAAUGUGUCGUCAAAUAUUUGUACGAUACAUAUGCUCACAUGGGUCUUCAUAUGCUAGCAUUUUUGGUGGAAGUUCUCGAAAAGGGUAUGCAACAAGUGCAGGUGCCUGUUUUGAAUAUCAUACAUUGCAUGUUGCAUUAUAUCGAUCUGUCGUCACCACACGCGCAACCAAUUUCAUCUGAUUUGAUUCGAGUGAUUGCUAAAUACUUGGAUAAUUCUUACUGGAAAGAUGCGUUGAAAAUUUUGAAAUUGGUUGUGACCAGAAGUUCAACACUACAAGUUGUACCACAGGGUUCACCCGGUGGAACAUCACAUCAUUACUAUGGCAGUUUCAGUGAUUCCGAAGUGUUUUGCAAGAAGGAACUUGCUGGUCGCACAAUGGACUUUACGUUUGAUGUGGCACAAACACCGCUAAUCGGCCGACGUAUUUUACUCAAAUCUGAAACUGGUUCAACGCAAAAUAUUAACCGAAAUAAUGGGCAGGCUAUCCAUUUGAAUCACAAUAUCAGUGGAACACCAAAUUCACCGAGACGAAGUGCCAGUUUGUCACCAGCUGAUACAGCACCAUUAAGUGGUUGGAAGAGGCCUUGGCUGUCUCAAUCACGUGUUCGAGAAUGCCUUGUUAAUUUACUAACAACAUGUGGUCAACGAGCCGUCGGUUUACCCAAGAGUCCAUCGGUUAUAUUCAGCCAAUCCUCUGAUUUGAUGGAACGGCAAUCGUCGGCUGCGUCAAGUACCGAGGAAACGAGUGGUGCACAACAGGAUCUAAGCGGUGGAUCGCGACGAGAUGAUGGCCAACCGGACUUUGGCGUUUUCAAAGAUUUUGACUUUUUGGAGUAUGAAAGCGAAAGCAUCGAAGGCGAAUCCACAGACAACUUUAACUGGGGUGUUCGUCGUCGACCACUAUCCGACAGUGAACCGAUCACCGGUUCAAAGGGUCAUUCGGUGAUGGAGGAGAGCUUAAGCGAAAAAACACCAAUACUCAACAAGCGACGUACUCGACACAAUCCGGAAGAUUCAUCCGAUGAUGACGUUGAAUCGGAAUCUCCACUUGAUGAAUAUCAAAAGCCAAUUUUCAUCAAAUCUCAAUAUCACAGCGGCCCACCAACAACGUUGAGCAUACGUGAACGUCGACAGAGACGUGAUUCGGUAUCACGGAGUGAUACAAGUGGUUCGAGUGCUGGUGAUUUGGGUGAAAUAACACCAUGCAAUGCGUCGCCGCAUAUGACCGGCAUGAUAUCAUAUCGUGUCCCAAUUCGAGACGAAGCCGAAGACCAAUGGCGACGAAAUAUUGAAGCUCUUCUAUUUAAUCCAGCCACUAACUUUGCCCCAGAUCUGCUCAUGCAAUUGUAUCGCGUGGUCAAGGAAUUAACAUUGAAAUCGAUAACCAUAUCGAAAAAUGCGAUGAAAUAUUUCACUGGUACCGGUACACAACUUGGCCAGCGCAUAUCUAUUUUGUCAGAUUUAUUGUCAACGAAAGAGGAACCGCCACGUGUUUGGUACAAUCAAAGUUUUCCAACCACGCCCAGACUCUUGGAAUCGUUGCGUUUCUGUGUGCUCGAAGUUCAAGAGCAUCUCGAAACAUUCUUUGAUCGUAAAGAUCAUGUUAUGGAGUGUUUGGAAGCGAUGAAAACUACAUAUAAAAUGACUCUGUUCAGCGAUACGGAAUCGGCACAUGAGGGUUCAACAAGUGCUGCUCUCGGUUCACCAGAUCCAGCCACAUCUGAGCUACUCAUCGAUUUGGGACGUGGCAUUUACAAGCUUAUUUUUCAAUUGCUAUUGUUGAUUGAAUCGAAUCACAAGAUUGCAAUCAGCGUAAUGACGAGCAUGCGACAAAAUGAGAAAAUGGAGGAUUUAUCGAGUGGAUAUAUGACGGUACGUGGUGCGUUGCUACGUUGUAUCGACGAUGCCGAUAUGGAUUCUCUAGACACAUCCACUUCAACGGAAGGCGAUCACACACCAACCCGACCAUUGCCAUCGAUACAAGAAUUCGAAAGUUGUCUGCACGAAAUGAUCGACAAACACAAAUGGAACUCAGCCAUUGCGCUGACACGUCAAUUCCGGAAAUAUUCGUCAACUGUGACUCUGUCACCCGUUUCCAAUUUUUCACUACAACCGUCUGGUAGUGCAACGUCAUGCAUUUCAACAUCAACAUUAACGUCGGGCUUGGUUCCAUACACCUCCGAAAAUAAUUGGGUAUUGGAUGACACUGCCCUGAUUCUAAUGAUCUAUGCGCAAAGACUGACCAAAGACCGUACCGAUGUCUUCAUAUCGUCUCGCUCGGAACAUGAACUAACGGAAAUUUACAAUAUUCUAAUGGAGAAUCUAUACUAUGUCUCAUCGGCAUUAACGAACAUGGAAAUGGUAUUGAAAAACACGGUGGGCAAUCCAGGCAUACUCAAGCAACCACCAUCUUCUCCUGCUAUUACACCUUCACCAUCGAAAGAUGCAUCCGUUGACAUUAUUACCACGCUGUAGUAAAUUGUAUAUAGAAUUCAUUAGAUUAUUAUCAAUGAAUAAGGGGCGUGAGAGAAAUAAGCAAUAAAAUGUAUCGAAACUAAAAAGGAACGAGCUGAAUUCUGUUUCGUAUUACUGAUAGAAAAAAUAAAUGCGUAGUACUGAUGGAAAAAA